UUGACGUGAGCUGCAUACUAUUAACGGAAAACUAAGCUUUUAAAAAUGCGAUUGCCUACUUUGUGGAUUUGCUUUAUCCUUUGUGGGGCCAGCGUCACGGCGCAAUAUUGCACAAAGGAUAUAGUUAAAGUGGUUAAUGGUCGAAAAGAACUACGUAAAGUUCGGUUUUGCUGUCCUGGAUUUAAGAAAGUUAACCGCGAAUGCAAGCCUUAUUGUCCAACGGGUUGCUUCAACGGAAAAUGUGUCAAGCCGGGCAAGUGCGAGUGCAAUGCUGGCUACAAGAAAUUCAAUAACUAUCGCUGCUUACCGCAAUGUGACAACUGCAAGAAUGGUUUUUGUAGUGCGCCGGGCAACUGCGUUUGUAAUAGAGGCUAUGCGCGAAACGCCACCGGUCAGUGUGCGCCCGUCUGUACACCAGCUUGCCGAAACGGUAAUUGUGUUUCACCGGGCAAAUGCGUUUGUUUGCCGGGCUACCAGCCUAAUAAUGCAGGUAACUGUGAGCCGCAGUGCAACGAUUGUCAGAAUGGCGACUGUGUCGCUCCCAAUCAAUGCGUCUGCAAAGCUGGCUACAAAAACGAUGCAGCUGGUCAGUGCAAGCCAAUCUGCCAGGAUGGUUGCAUUCAUGGAAUAUGUCGUGCUCCAAAUGUUUGCGAAUGCGAGAGAGGUUACCAAAAAUCUAGCAAUAAAACAUGUCAACCUUUUUGCUUGGAUGAAUGUAUUAAUGGAUUUUGCGCUGCGCCGAAUAGUUGUGAAUGCUCUGUGGGCUAUACAAAAGUAUCCGCUAGUGUUUGUGAACCGUUUUGCAUGACCAGUUGUGAGAAUGGAAAAUGUAUUGCCCCUAAUACCUGCGCUUGCGAUAACGGGUACAAAAUGGAUGGUGAAAAUUGCGUACCAGACUGCCCGGAAGGAUGUCCAAACGGACGCUGUACAUUGCCUUCAUAUUGUGAAUGUAACAAAGGAUACGCAUUAAGCGUUGCUAAGGUUUGUGAGCCGGUCUGCUCUAACGGUUGUCCCAAUGGUCGAUGUGUAGCUCCGGAAACCUGCGAAUGUCUCAAAGGAUUCUCGAUGACUGACCCGAAUAUUUGUGAGCCUGUCUGCUCUAACGGUUGCCCUAAGGGUCGAUGUGUAGCUCCGGAAACCUGCGAAUGUCUCAAAGGAUUCUCGAUGACUGACCCGAAUAUUUGUGAGCCGGUCUGCUCUAACGAUUGUCCUAAUGGUCGAUGUGUAGCUCCGGAAACCUGCAAAUGUCUCAAAGGAUUCUCGAUGACAGACCCGAAUAGUUGUGAGCCGGUCUGCUCUAACGGUUGUCCUAAUGGUCGAUGUGUAGCUCCGGAAACCUGCGAAUGUCUCAAAGGAUUCUCGAUGACUGACCCGAAUAUUUGUGAGCCGGUCUGCUCUAACGGUUGUCCUAAUGGUCGAUGUGUUGCUCCGGAAACCUGCGAAUGUCUCAAAGGCUUCUCGAUGACUGACCCGAAUAUUUGUGAGCCGGUCUGCUCCAACGGUUGUCCUAAUGGUCGAUGUGUAGCUCCGGAAACCUGCGAAUGUCUCAAAGGAUUCUCGAUGACUGACCCGAAUAGUUGUGAGCCGGUGUGCUCUAACGGUUGCCCUAAUGGUCGAUGUGUAGCUCCGGAAACCUGCGAAUGUCUCAAAGGAUUCUCGAUGACAGACCCGAAUAGUUGUGAGCCGGUCUGCUCUAACGAUUGUCCGAAUGGUCGAUGUGUAGCUCCGGAAACCUGCGAAUGUCUCAAAGGAUUCUCGAUGACUGACCCGAAUAUUUGUGAGCCGGUCUGCUCUAACGGUUGUCCUAAUGGUCGAUGUGUAGCUCCGGAAACCUGCGAAUGUCUCAAAGGAUUCUCGAUGACUGACCCGAAUAUUUGUGAGCCGGUCUGCUCUAACGGUUGUCCUAAUGGUCGAUGUGUAGCUCCGGAAACCUGCGAAUGUCUCAAAGGAUUCUCGAUGACUGACCCGAAUAUUUGUGAGCCGGUCUGCUCUAACGAUUGUCCUAAUGGUCGAUGUGUAGCUCCGGAAACCUGCGAAUGUCUCAAAGGAUUCUCGAUGACUGACCCGAAUAUUUGUGAGCCGGUCUGCUCUAACGGUUGUCCUAAUGGUCGAUGUGUAGCUCCGGAAACCUGCGAAUGUCUCAAAGGAUUCUCGAUGACUGACCCGAAUAUUUGUGAGCCGGUCUGCUCUAACGAUUGUCCUAAUGGUCGAUGUGUAGCUCCGGAAACCUGCGAAUGUCUCAAAGGAUUCUCGAUGACUGACCCGAAUAUUUGUGAGCCGGUCUGCUCUAACGGUUGUCCUAAUGGUCGAUGUGUAGCUCCGGAAACCUGCGAAUGUCUCAAAGGAUUCUCGAUGACUGACCCGAAUAUUUGUGAGCCGGUCUGCUCUAACGAUUGUCCUAAUGGUCGAUGUGUAGCUCCGGAAACCUGCAAAUGUCUCAAAGGAUUCUCGCUGACUGACCCGAAUAUUUGUGAGCCGGUCUGCUCUAACGGUUGUCCUAAUGGUCGAUGUGUAGCUCCGGAAACCUGCGAAUGUCUCAAAGGAUUCUCGAUGACUGACCCGAAUAGUUGUGAGCCGGUCUGCUCUAACGGUUGUCCUAAUGGUCGAUGUGUAGCUCCGGAAACCUGCGAAUGUCUCAAAGGAUUCUCGAUGGCUGACCCGAAUAGUUGUGAGCCGGUCUGCUCUAACGGUUGUCCUAAUGGUCGAUGUGUAGCUCCGGAAACCUGCGAAUGUCUCAAAGGAAUCUCGAUGGCUGACCCGAAUAGUUGUGAGCCGGUCUGCUCUAACGGUUGUCCUAAUGGUCGAUGUGUAGCUCCGGAAACCUGCGAAUGUCUCAAAGGAUUCUCAAUGGCUGACCCGAAUAGUUGUGAGCCGGUCUGCUCUAAAGGUUGUCCGAAUGGUCGAUGUGUAGCUCCAGAAACCUGCGAAUGUCUCAAAGGAUUCUCGAUGACUGACCCGAAUAUUUGUGAGCCUGUCUGCUCUAACGGUUGCCCUAAUGGUCGAUGUGUAGCUCCGGAAACCUGCGAAUGUCUCAAAGGAUUCUCGAUGGCUGACCCGAAUAGUUGUGAGCCGGUCUGCUUUAACGGUUGUCCUAAUGGUCAAUGUGUAGCUCCGGAAACCUGCGAAUGCCAUAAAGGAUUCUCAAUGACUGACCCGAAUAUUUGUGAGCCUGUCUGCCCUAAAGGUUGUCCUAAUGGUCGAUGUGUAGCUCCGGAAACCUGCGAAUGUCUCAAAGGAUUCUCGAUGACUGACCCGAAUAGUUGUGAGCCUGUCUGCUCUAACGGUUGCCCUAAUGGUCGAUGUGUAGCUCCGGAAACCUGCGAAUGUCUCAAAGGAUUCUCGAUGGCUGACCCGAAUAGUUGUGAGCCGGUCUGCUUUAACGGUUGUCCUAAUGGUCGAUGUGUAGCUCCGGAAACCUGCGAAUGUCUCAAAGGAUUCUCGAUGACUGACCCGAAUAGUUGUGAGCCUGUCUGCUCUAACGGUUGCCCUAAUGGUCGAUGUGUAGCUCCGGAAACCUGCGAAUGUCUCAAAGGAUUCUCGAUGGCUGACCCGAAUAGUUGUGAGCCGGUCUGCUUUAACGGUUGCCCUAAUGGUCGAUGUGUAGCUCCGGAAAUCUGCGAAUGUAAUGACGGUUUCAUAAAGACGGACUCGAAUGCUUGUGAGCCUAUCUGCUCGAAUGGUUGCCCAAAUGGUCAAUGCGUAGCUCCCGAAACCUGCGCGUGUAGUAAAGGGUACUCAGUGACUGGCCUGAAUGUUUGCCAGCCCGUCUGCUCCAAUAAUUGUUCAAAUGGACAUUGCAUAGCUCCUGAGACAUGUGUAUGUAAUAAAGGUUUCUCGAUGAUGGGUUCUAAUGUUUGUACACCCACUUGCUCUACAGCCUGCGAGAAUGGUUGGUGCAUAGCGCCUGAGAUUUGUGAAUGUGACACUGGAUAUAUAAGAUCGACUCAAAACGAAUGUGAACCUGUUUGUGAAGGGGAUUGCGCCCCUGGAAGCUGCAUUGCGCCAGGAAUUUGCAAAUAUAACUCUGACGACAGUUCAGCUAAAACCACUUCUACAAUAAAUCCCACUGAAUCAGGUAGUGAAGUUAUGAAGUCGACUACUGUAGGAAGAGCGGGUCGAAUGUUUGCCGGCUUCGCCAAUCCGUCCGACGAGGAGGAUAGUGAAGAGGAUAAUAGCGAUAACUCGGGAGAUUUUAGUGGUACCGUUGACGUGUCCGACAUCGGUUUCGAAUUGAGAUGCAUUCGACGCUGUACAAACGGAACUUGCGACAAGAACCAAUGCAUCUGCGACGAGGGUUACGUGCUGCAGGAGCACAUUCAUGAGGAUGUCUGUAUUGCACGUUGCGGCGAAUUGAUUGGCAAUAAGUACACUGGAUGUGUGAAUGGUUUUUGCAAGGAGCCCGAUGUUUGCAUCUGCUUCGAAGGAUUUCAGCGAUCUAUAGCAAAUGAGUUCAAAUGUCUGCCUCCGCACAACGAAGAACAACAAGCGGCCGGGAUUAUCAAAUAUCUACGGUUGUAUAUUAUUUUCGCAGCCUUGUCUUUGCCACUGGCUUUGUUGGUGUUGUACUUACUGUGCCAUAUAAGCUGCGAAAAGUCGUACAAUAUAGCGAAAAGAGAGAACCAAAUGGGACUGGCGGAUCUUUCGCGUAAUGUCGACAUCAUAAGAGUGCCUUAGUAAAGUAGAAUUAGCUAUAUCAAAUGCGCGUAGGUGCAUAUGUAUGUAUGUAGUAAGAAUAUCUCACAUUUGAUGCUUUAUAGUGAUGACAGUGAUCUUCAAUCCUUUAUUUUUGUGUAUAUAAUUAAAGAGGGAUAUAUGGAUAUAAAUACUUAGAGGUAAUAAGGAAACGUAAUAUAUUAUAUUUAUAUGUAAGAAUGGGUAAAGAGUAAUUAUAAUGUUUAAUGUAUUUAUUAAGAUACAUGGGGGAAUAGGUAUAUUACGAAUUGCUCUGUAAUUGGAUUUGUAAUCGUAUUAUACCAGUGCUGUCCAGAAUGAAAAAUGUGAGGGUAUAAGUGAGAACGAGAGAAUGGGAGCAGCCCAGUAGGAAAUUUGAACCAAAAUAAAUAAAUAUUGGAUUAGA